CACACACACCUGCUCACAUCUUUUACUUCUCUGCCCCCAAUGUGUAAGAUGUGCACAUCUUCUGAGGAAUUCAGUGAAACUGACCUGCUUAUCUUUCUGCACACCUUCUCCUUCAUACUUGCCACUGUAGAACCUGGGAAGGUGUGGUCCCGAAGCCUGGUGGUCAGAGAGGUGGAACCUGGACUGACCCUUAGCCCACUGUUGCCGCCCUGUGGCGUCUCAGCACUGGUGUGGAAGUCUGCGUGUUCCUCUUCGUGCUUUCCUGAAUAUCUGGCCUGUGACAGAAUGCUGAGCUGUGUAACCUCUGGGAACUAGCUGCACGUCCUCAUUACUGUAUUGCCUCCCUGGGGAGAAAAGAUAACCACACAUCCAGCCUGUCCCAAGGGUUUAAAUGUAACACAGGAUAUCGGGCUCCUAAGCUACGUCCGUGCAGCGAGCCGAAUAAAGCCAGAAUGUGGCACAUCAUCCUGUCUGAGAGGUGAACCCCACUGAGUCAACAUGGCUGACAGGGGGAAGCUGGUUCCAGGACAAGUGUAUAUCGAAGUGGAAUAUGACUAUGAGUAUGAAGCGAAGGACAGGAAGAUCGUGAUCAAGCAGGGCGAGCGGUACAUGUUGGUGAAAAAGACCAACGACGACUGGUGGCAGGUCAAGCCGGAUGAGAGCUCCAAAGCCUUCUACGUGCCAGCCCAGUACGUGAAGGAGGUCACGCGAAAAGCUCUGAUGCCGCCCGUUAAGCCGCCGGUGGGACUGCCCAGCAAUUCCAUAAAGAUGAUACAGAGUCUGCCCCUGCAGAGGUCGACAGAAAAUGUGAACAAGCUGCCCGAGCUCUCGAGCUUCGGAAAGCCGGCGUCCGUUCAAGGAACCGGUCUCGUCCGUGAUGCCAAUCAGAAUUUCGGACCCAGUUACAAUGCAGGUCAGACCCUCAACCUCAGCCUGGACCUGACCCACAAUAACGGGAAGUUCACCCAUGACUCUCACUCUCCUAAAGUGCCCAGCCAGAACAGGACACGCUUAUUCGGUCACUUUCCUGGCCCGGAGUUCCUGGACGUGGAGAAAACGAGCUUCUCCCAGGAGCAGUCGUGUGAUUCUGCGGGAGAAGGCUCGGAAAAGGUCCACCAGGACUCGGAGUCCGGGGACGAGCUGAGCAGCAGCUCCACUGAGCAGAUCAGGGCCACUACACCUCCAAGUCAAGGAAGGCCAGAUUCUCCCGUCUACGCCAAUCUACAGGAACUGAAAAUAUCCCAGUCUGCUUUGCCUCCGCUUCCCGGGAGCCCCGCCAUUCAGAUUAAUGGAGAGUGGGAAACCCACAAGGACGGCUCGGGGCGUUGUUACUACUACAACCGAGGGACUCAGGAAAGAACUUGGAAACCGCCCCGCUGGACUCGGGACGCAAGCAAAGGAGACUUCCACAGCCCGGGAGAUCACGAGCUGCUUUCGUCAGAGGAGAACUUCCAGAGCCUUUGUAACAGCCAGUCAGAUAGUCAGUGUGGUUCUGCUCCCAGGGGUUGGUCAGAAGAGCUGGAUGAACGUGGGCAUACCUUAUAUACCAGUGACUAUACUAAUGAAAAGUGGCUCAAGCACGUUGAUGAUCAAGGUAGACAAUAUUACUACAGUGCAGAUGGAUCUCGGUCAGAAUGGGAGUUGCCAAAGUAUAGUGCGUCAUCUCAGCAGCAGAGAGAAAUAAUUAAAAGUAGGAGCCUGGACAGGCGGCUGCAGGAACCAAUAGUGUUGACAAAGUGGAGACACAGCACCAUUGUAUUGGACACCAAUGACAAGGAAUCUACAACUGCCUCCAAACCCUGCUUUCCUGAAAGUGACUCCUCUCCCUCUUCACCAAAGCUCCAAGACACAGGCCAAGAGAAAUAUGGAUUGUUAAAUGUGACAAAAAUAACUGAAAAUGGGAAAAAAGUUCGAAAGAACUGGUUAUCUUCGUGGGCAGUGUUGCAGGGAUCAUCAUUGCUUUUUACCAAAACUCAAGGAAGUAGCACGAGUUGGUUUGGGAGUAAUCAGUCCAAACCAGAGUUCACAGUGGACCUCAAGGGAGCGACGAUUGAGAUGGCUUCGAAGGACAAAUCCAGCAAAAAGAAUGUACUGGAGCUGAAAACUCGUCAAGGAACAGAACUGCUAAUUCAGUCUGAUAAUGACACUGUUAUCAAUGAUUGGUUUAAAGUUCUUAGUAGUACAAUCAGUAAUCAGGCGGCGGAGACUGAAGAGGCAAUUGAAGAGGAGACGCCAGACUCACCAGGAACAGAAAAGCACGAUAAAGAAAAGGACCAAAAGGACCUCAGAAAACUCCGUUCUAUGAAAGUGUCCAGCAUAGAUUCUUCAGAACAGAAAAAAACCAAGAAAAACCUGAAGAAGUUUCUUACGCGCCGCCCCACGUUGCAGGCUGUUCGUGAAAAGGGGUAUAUCAAAGAUCAGGUAUUUGGAGCCAACCUUGCUAAUUUGUGUCAGAGGGAGAACAGCACAGUGCCUGCGUUUGUGAGGCUGUGCAUUGACCACGUGGAAGAACAUGGUCUGGAUGUCGACGGGAUCUACAGAGUGAGCGGCAACCUUGCUGUGAUCCAGAAACUGAGAUUUGCAGUCAACCACGAUGAGAAGUUGGACUUGAACGACAGCAAAUGGGAAGAUAUUCAUGUCGUCACCGGAGCACUCAAAAUGUUUUUUCGAGAAUUACCAGAACCGCUUUUUACAUUUAAUCAUUUUAAUGAUUUCGUUAAUGCAAUUAAGCAGGAACCAAGACAGCGAGUCGCUGCUGUUAAGGAUCUAAUCAGACAGUUACCAAAGCCAAAUCAAGAUACAAUGCAGAUUCUUUUUAGACAUCUCAAAAGAGUUAUAGAAAAUGGAGAAAAAAACCGAAUGACCUACCAGAGUAUAGCAAUUGUCUUUGGUCCCACCCUACUAAAACCAGAGAAGGAGACUGGCAACAUAGCGGUUCAUACUGUGUACCAGAAUCAGAUUGUGGAAUUAAUUCUGCUGGAAGUAAGCUCCAUCUUCGGACGUUGAUUCUCCGCGAGGACGACCUGCGGAGCGACGCGGGGCUCCAUCGAUUUCACGUCUCUGUCCACAGUGUGCUUUCGUUUUGGACCAAGCAGUGACUCUUUGAUUUUGCACUUUUUCGAGGGAUCAGAAGGGAAGGGGAGCAUCACGAUGCCUAUUAGGCCCUCAUAUUUGCUGCUUUGUCACAAGGAGGUGUAACUGUGUAAUAUUGAAUUCAUUUAUCCUGAAUGUCUGCAUUUCAUACUUGGAAUUCAGUAAAAGAAAAAAAAAAGAGAGACAGAAAGAAAUCAAAACUUAACAAUUCUAACCAGUCAUAUACACUGGAUAAUUUGAUAAGAAAACUACAUUUCCCCCACCCCUCAAACUGGAUAAUGUAGUUUCUUCUCAUGAUCUGUAGGCUCACCACUUGGUAGAACAACAUGUAACCACUUGGGCAUUUUAAACAAAAUGAAGUAUACCUGUCUUGAAACCUGUGCGUUUCCUCUUCAGGGUUUCUGCAUGCAGUGGCUAAGUGCUGUCACCAGACGUAACCCUUGCCGAAGGCUUGCUGUCUGCUCGUGUCGCACGGCAUCCUCACUGGGUGUCUCAGUUGCGCGUCUGGGCAGCACACUAAUACUACUUAAAACACUGUGAUGUACUGGAGUUCUAGUUAGCAUCAGUGAGGUCAGGGUGUUUUUUGAGCUGUCUUGCUUAUACUGAAUUGUAGCUAACAACCCUAGUUGUAUCUAGUGCCAUACUGAGCUCCUGGUAUGACCCUGUGGAAAUAGACAUUGUAAAUAUAGGCUGAAGACUCCAGGUCCUUUAGCUGUGUAUAUCAUUGUGCUGUAUAGUCUCAGAGGACAUUCUAACCCUGCGUUCCUAAUCACGCUGUUGGUAAUCUUUUCCAUGAGUAGUAGGUUCCUCCAGAGAUAGGCCGUUACUUGGGAGAGUUAACUGUGUGCACUUUUAGAUUUUGAUUACAUUGACAGGCAAACCACUGUAAUGCCAAUGGUACUGAAAAAAUAUUGACUAGACUUGUUUAAGGGUAAAUGCACUACAAGAGAAAUCUUUUAGAUUAUUUAAUAUGUACAGAGUAUGUUAGAAAAAAUUUUAUGACAGAAGUCUAACUCUUUAGUUUGAAUAGUAGAAACCCAUGUGUACAUUAGAUGGACAUUGGAUAGAAAAUGACGUUGCUAAAUUUGAGAAUUUCUUUUUACAUUACUAAUGUAGAUUGAUUUGUACAAUAAAACAGGGUUUGGAAGGUUUUGUUACAGGGAGCAUGGUCUGUUGAAAAUUUUUUAAAUGUAUUUUUCUAGAUUAACUGCUGUAUAUGAAAUGUCUAAUCUAAUAAAGAAAACUAUUAAGAGGUUUAGAGAUUUUUCCAUUGGAAAUGUGCAUUUGGGCUCUUAGUGUUUGUUUUUGUUUUUUUUUUUUAUUUGUUUCUUUGGUUUUGCAUUUACUGGCAUACUCUCAUACCUCAUUUUUUAAAAAUCAACCGAAUCCAAUAUUUCCCGUGGCGAAUAUGGUUUCCUUUUUUCCCACCCUUCCUUCUACUUUCCAUGCCAACACAGCCCCAUCCCCACACAUACUUUUUAUUUCUUCAUCAAUAUUUGAAAAGUAAAUGAUUUGUGGCCCAGAUUCCUUUUCUUAAGAUUGAAUUUAUAAUUUACAGAUUGCCUUCCUGGGGAACAAAUCCUUUUUUUGUAUGGUCUGUCUAAAAGCCUCUCUCACCUGAGUUUUGUGGUCAAAAUAAGACUGUGUGUGUUGUUGUGAUCUUGUUAAAUUGAUAACAAACCAAACUGUUUGUCAACUAAAGCAGAUCAUUUUGGGUCAAGAGAAAGAGCCCCAAAUCUGAAUGCUUAUAUUUGCCUAAAGAUGUCCCAAAGAACGUGUGCUUAAGGCUCGCUCUUAUAAGGGAUGUUUUUUACCAGGAAAAUACUGAGACCCAAUUCUGUAACAUUCUUCCCCAAGGGUGGUCAUGAACAUAUCAAAGAUUAAAAUUGUUCUGUGUUUCUUGUUGCAAAGUACAUGUGUGUGUAUGUGUGUGUGUGAAGUCGCUGAUGUCUUGUUAGUAUCCUGCUAACCAUCUGAUUGUAACACUGUGUGUACAGUGAGAGCAAUGUCUUGUGUGUUCAUCCUUGGUGAAUUGAAAAACCCUUACUUGUUUUUGUAAUAACAAAAUCAGUAAUAUUUUCCUGUCUCGACAGCUUGAUUUUUUUUAGUAGAAAAUACAUUAAAAGCUGAAAUAAAAAUUAUCUGUAGAAUUUCA